AUGACAGAAUUAAAUGAUUUCAAUAAAAAAGCUGAAAAGUAUCAGACGGUUUUGCCGACAGAAACCGACUACGUCAAUUCGUCUAGUAACAGUGGCAAUAACAACAACAACAACAGCAGCAACAACUCCAACAAUUUGGUCUUGGAAAAUCUGCACAUCAAUCGUCAUCACAUUGACAAUAUUAACCCUAUCAACAGCAAUUCCUAUUCGUCCUCUCCACCGACUAACCACCAUUCGGCUAAUGCAACAACACAAAGUGAUGUCUCCACAGCAUCCGCCGCAGCCGCUGCGACAACAAUUCAUAAAUCGUCUCAUUGCACCGGCAGUCAUGGUCGUGGUGGCAACAGUCCCACAAUCCUUGAAAAAAAGAAAUGCCUUGAACUGCAAUCCACCAGUGGUGGCGUUGCCACCACCAUCAUUCACAACAGCAACAAUAACAACAAUUUAUUGGAUACCACCGGCGACAUAGAUAAGGGUCAUUGCUGUAUGGCAACAUCAUUGACCAGCAUUUCAUCAAGUGUGUCUUCCACGGCAGUCGUGACAGCAUUACCGAGCACAGAUAUUACCCGAGAGCAAUGGUAUGUCCACCACACGCCCGCCCAUCCUCAACACCAGUUGCCGGAAGAAUUUGUUAUGUAUGCUCCCACAUUGCCCACCAGCGGUUCUGCCUCGUCCAUCGGUAAAUUUGGCAUUGAAAGUUCAACGGAAAGUUAUUUGAAUUCAAGAUAUAACGUGAAUGUCAAAGGAGUGCGACAUGAAAGAACCUCAUCUUUUUUCGACAUUCCAGCUGUGACGCAUCCAUACCCAUGUUACAGAUUUCCAUCAUCACCACCUGCAGGGAUUUUAAAGAAAAGCGAUGAAGAAAAUUCAUUUUGCAAUAAUUCUGUCGUCUCAUCAUCCCUUCAAUUUGGUCAACAUUUUCACAAUUCCAAAGCGGAACAUCCCGACUCGACGACUACCUCGCAUCUCAGCAAUCCGCACAACCCAGCUGCCCAUCCACAUGCUCAUCAUCAUCCGCACCAUCACACAUUUAAUCCUCAUCACCAUCCUCACCAUUUGUCGCCUCAUCAUUCGUCGGCAUUUAAAUUUAGUCAUUCCAAUGUUUUGAGUUCCACCUCACCGCCCAGUGUUUACCAUCAUCAUCAUCAUCCACACCAUCAGUAUAGUGGACAGAAUUCAUCGUCGGCGUAUGGUUUGAGGACAUCAUCGGAUAUAACAUCACUAACCUUGGCUCCCGUGUCUACCACAUCGGAGGUGGAUAUUAAAUAUGAAAAUCCCUACAAUACGGCGAUAUCCUCCAGCUAUGCUCUUAGGUCGGGAAAUUGUGUAGACUCGUCGACGGGAGUUUCGUCCUCUGACUCAGAUUUCAAACUGGAGAGUCUGUAUGCGGCCAAUAAUGGCAUUACUACCAGUCACACUGUCAGCCAAAGACGAGGAUCUCUACAAUUGUGGCAGUUCCUAGUGGCUCUGCUGGAUGAACCCACUACAAACUCCAGCUGCAUUGCCUGGACGGGUCGUGGCAUGGAAUUCAAAUUGAUCGAACCGGAAGAGGUGGCACGUCGCUGGGGCAUACAAAAGAACCGACCGGCCAUGAACUAUGACAAACUGUCCCGCAGUCUACGCUACUACUAUGAGAAGGGCAUCAUGCAAAAGGUCAAUGGCGAACGUUAUGUUUAUCGAUUUGUUUGCGAUCCAGAGGCAUUGUUCAACAUGGCCUAUGGUCAUCUCAAUGCCGGCUCGAAUUCCACGGGAGGAACAGGUUCAAAAAUCGAAGGUCAUCAGCAUCAUCACCACGCCCACCACGGCCACGGUCAUUUGUUGCCGUCGGUAGGAAAGAAUAAUUUAGAUGCUGGACUGUUGUUAAGAGAUACCAGUGCGCCGGGCGCAUUAGACGACGACUCGACAAAUCGUGAAAGGUCUUCCACGAAUCACAUCUCCAUAGCUGCGACUAAGCAUCACGAACAGCUGUAUUAUGGGAAGUUUUAAUGUGUGUUCGACGGAUGCACACCAUAUAUCUUUAUUGUAUGUAUGUAUGUAUAUCAGUAGAUUUCAAUUGCAGUGUUGAGAGGACAUGUGAGAUAUUAUGGAGGUAAAAAAUCAAGUAUUGUUGAAUUCUUAAUAAAAUUAACAAACCUAUAUACAUACAUACUUUGUUUUAUUUGCAUAUUUUAAUGUUAACAGUUAUUGUGGGGAUAUCAGAUUCAAGAAAACUAACAAAAAAUUGAGAUUAGGAUACAGAAUCCUUUUUUUCUAACUUGUUUUGAAGUCGAUCCCGUUUUCAAAACAACAACUC